GGCAAAUCAACUAACUCGAGUACCACCUAACAGACAAGAUUCACCUACCAAGCCGAGGCUGGUCCGAACUUCAUUCACUGUAGUCUCACCAUGACGACCGAAUGUGAAUACACCCAUGUCGAGCUGCUGACCUUGAAUGGGCCAGAGUACCGCCGCGUGUCGACGGCGCCUCCCCGCCUCCCCACCAAGGAUGAGAUCCCCGUGAUCGACCUCAACCCUAUCGACGGUGAUGCGCAGGAGCGCCAGCAGCUCGCUGCCAAAGUGCGCGCUGCUGCAGAAAACACCGGGUUCUUCUACAUCAAGAACCACGGCAUUCCCGAAGAGCUGAUCCAGGAGGCCCUCGCCCAGGCACAAGCAUUCUUCCAGCAGUCGGAAGAAGACAAACUGAAAGUCGCCUCCGCCAAAAUGAAACUGAUGGGCGGGUUUCAUGGUGUCAGAAGCACGCAGAUCAACAAGACCGAAUCCAGGGACCGCAAGGAGACCUUCUCCCUCCGCUACAACCCCCUCCGCGACCCACAAGCCAACCCCGCAACCCUACCCGCGGACGACGACAACGACGACGACCAGGACCAGGACCGCGCCCUCUGGGCCGGCACCGCCCACCUGCCAGGCUUCCGCGCGACCACGACCGCUUUCUACCAAGCCCGACUGACCCUGGCCCGCAAGAUGAUCCGCAUCUUCGCGCUGGCCCUCCACCUCCCAGACAGUUACUUCGACGAGCUCGUCACCCACCCCGGCGCAGACGGUCUGUACGUGCAUUACCCGGGCACCGCGGACGCCCCCGCCGCCGACGACGCAACCCUCGAGGUCGGGAUCGGCUCGCACACCGACAUCCAAUGCGUCACCCUGCUGUGGCAGGACAUGUCCGGCGGGCUGCAGGUGCUCUCCGCGCAGGACGAGUGGCUGGACGCCCGCCCCAUCCCCGGCACCUUGGUCGUCAACAUCGGCGACUUCCUGCAGCGCCUGUCCAACAACCGCUUCCGCUCCACCGUCCACCGCGUCUACAACCGCCAGGCCGCCUCGCGCUACUCCAUGCCCUUCUUCCUGGGGUUCAACCCCGAGGCCGUGUGCCGCGUCGUGCCUUCGUGCGUCGACGCGGCGCAUCCGCCGCUCUACGAGCCGAUCUCGUGUGGGCAGUGGCAUCGCGAUCGGUUGGCGCUGGCGCAGGGGUUGCUUGUGCGGCCUUGAUUUGGGGGGGGGAGCUGGGUUAGCGAGGACGGUUGCGGGUAAAAGCUGUGCGGGGCGACUUGAUCUACACGUUUCAUUUGUUGUAGUAAGGGGUCUUGGUGGUAUGUCUUCUGCGCUGAGCUGGGAGUAUGCCACCUACUUUCCGGGUGCUAUAGUCCAUACUAUCUGGUAGGCACCAGCUCAGUGCUUCUUGCCUGUCUACGAUCGCGAGCCAUACAUAGUAGACUGUACUCUGACCGUACUGAUUAGACGCAAUCGAAAUCGAG